GGUCAUACUGCCGCCGUCAGCUGUUUUGGUUAUGUGAAUUUAAUUGAGAGUUUUAAUAAAUAAUGCUGAAAAUAACGAAACUCUGCCUGGCCAGCAGUGCCUCCGUAACAGCACAGCGUAAUAUCGCUGUAACAGCCGCACGCUGCAUCAAUCAGAAAUGGCGUGCAGACAAGGGAUUACCGGAAAACCCAAAUGCUUUUGGACCCCUCACCAACAUGCCUGAUUACACGUUCCUUGACGGCAGGACUACGCCCCUGGGUUCCAACCAGAAAAGACGCCUGCUAAAGCAGCAAGAGAUAGCCUCCAAGAUCGUGGAGCUUAGUGGGGAGCUGGAGUUUGCUAAGCAGCGACAUCAACGUCUUAAGGCGGAGGCUGCAGCCGAGAAGCAACGCAUCAUCCAAAACAAACUGAAGCCCAAGGGUCAUCUGCUGCUCAAGCAGAAGUAGUGACCAGCCGCCAGCGGAGCUUCCUGUAUAGUUUUACUCGUUGUUGCCUGUGUAUAAGAUAUCAUAAAUCGCUUAGUGAAUGGAGACGAAA